AUGAGCGGCAAAAUAAUAACUAAAAUCAAGAAAUACAAAAGGGAGGAAAAUAGUUUUUAUCACGACGACGAAAUAUAUAUUUCCGGUAAUAUCGAAGGUCUUAUUAAAAUGGAAGUAUUAGAAUUUAAUUAUUUAGGGGCGAAUAUAUCAAGUUUGGGACAGCCCAAUUACGAAAAUGGAGUAUUAAAAAUAUUUGAACCGAUAAUAAGUAAGUUUACUGAUAAUCAUGAGGUUUCAUUCGCAGUUAAAAAAAGAAAAAAAAUGAUACUUGUCGAAACGAUUUCUUCAUUCGGAACUACUUCUGAAACAUUUGAAAAAAGAAUAGAAAUCGAACCACUUGAUAAUUUACUUGCCGGAAUAGAAGAUAAGGUUAUUCCUUGUUUUUCGCCUUCGAUCAAGGUUAUUGCUUUUCGUUUCAACCGACCAACUGAGAUAUAUGGCUCGGGACCUAGUGCCCAUGAAACCAAUCGAGAGAUUAAACAAUUUGAAAAUAAAUUGAGAGUUGAGAAAGGCGGAAUAAUAAGUUUUAAAUUAGAUUUGAUUGAAUUCGGUUCCACUUCGGGUGAAAUUGUUGUCACUCUUAAUACCUUAAAUGAUUUAACUGUGACUUCGGUUGACAAAAAGGCCAUUACCGAAAUCCAAAAUGCUCUGAACCAAAAUCCACCAAUAACUAAUGCUGAAUUAGAAACCGCUAACCAAGACUGGCAAAAUGAAAUCCAAAAUGCUUCUGAGCCGAAUUUAAUUAAUAAUAUUAAAAAUCGUGUUUUAUCAGAUAUCACCGCCAAACGAAAUGCUAAAAAUAGUGGUGGAGGUGGUGAUGUUAUUGAGGCUUAUCGAAAUUUAGCUAUCGGUGCCAUUAAUACUGAAUUACAAAAAGACCCAGUAGUCAAAACCACCGAAUUAGAAACUGACCGAGUAUUAGACGAUAUAAAGAACAAACGAGGCCACAAAAGCGAAGAAAAAAAGGUUUUAGAACUUCUUUCCCAAGCCAAAACUCAAAAUAUUUACUCUGAAUUAGCCCAAACCAUUAAGGAGUUAAAAAAAUAUUUUUCUACUAAAACUUAUCAAGAAAAUCAAACUGAAAUAGAACAACAAGAAGCGAAAUUAAGCCGACUGGACCCAGACAAAUACAAAAGGGAGAUUGAAAACGAUUUGAACGAGCAAAUAAGAAAUAAUGGUUUGGAAAGCCAAGAAAUAGAAGCAGAAACCACAAAAGCCAUUCAAGAGGCAAUCCAAGACCCUACUCCUAGUAAAAAGAAAGUUGCUGAAAAAACCAUUGCCCAAAAUGGGGCUAAUGUAGAGUUAAAAAAACUACUUUCAAGUGCCAAGACAGCAAAAACCGAGUCAGAGAAAAAAGUAAUGAUAAGCAAGAUUUUAAAUUAUCCUAGCAAAAAUUCUUAUUGUGAAGAGAGUUAUCGGAAAUUGAAAGCGGAAGUAGAUAAAGUUUUGGCUCAACUUCAAGGUAAAAAUCUUGAAGGCGGAAAUUCGCAAAAUUCUUCUCUCUUUCUCAAAGUAGUUUUGCCGUUAGUUUUAGUUGGUUUCGGAGCCGUGAUAAUUGGAUUAUUUGGGUUAUUGUUUUGUGGUAUUCUUGGCGGUCCUCUUCUAUCCGGUUCAUCUCUAUCAUUAUUAUUUCCAUUGCCAUUUUUCUUAAUUCUUGCUUCUUCAAUCGCAUCAAGCAUUUGGUUUUUAAAGUUUUCUAGUUCACUUUCAGAGUUUAAACUAACUAACUUUUCGGCUCAUAAAUUAUGGGGAGACCAAAGAGAGGAGCCUAGGUCUGAACUUAAUAAUUUUGAGGAUUUUAGUUUGGCAAGGAUCUCGUUGCCAAUUACGAUUCUAAGUUCAACAAUAGCAUUUUUAUCGUUAUAA